AUGGACCAACGACCCGACCAACAGAGACCCCGGUCCAAGUCGACCUUUAGCUUCAAAAGCGACAAGUCCCAUGGUUCCAAUCCCAAUCACGAUAAACAUCACCAUCACCUUCCUCAUCAUCAUCAUAUUCGCGAAUCUGCCGAGGACAAACGAAAGAGCCAUCUGACCCCACACACCAAAGCCGAUCCCAACGCUGCUAUGACUGAGGUUCAACCCAUCGCCGCUGCUUUAGAGAAGCCUACCCUUCAAUCCCUUCGUUCCUUCCAGCAUGUCGACAGCAAUGGAGCCCCAAUAGCCGAACCUGACCUGUCCAACCCCACUCGUUCGCGAUGGGAGCGUCCCCUCGAUACGAUCAGAUCAUUCGAAGCUGCGAUCGAUGGUGAAUAUAAGCGCAGGUCGCAGGCGAUGCGAAAUGAUUCGUCUGAGAUGUUGAGCGGAUACGCGAGUCGCAGAAGCAGCUACUACGGUGGAAAUGGAGGUUACGACCAGAACCGUCACUCACAGCCGGGGGGUUACUACGGCAGUCGACAGACUGCUAUGGGACGCGAUGGUUGGGACAACGGCUACGGUGGCCAGCGCAACCGUUACAACCGCAUGCAAUCCGACCCUUACCGAUACAACAAUAACAACAGUAAUAAUAAUAUUAAUACCAACAACAACGUCUAUCCUACCCAAGGCUAUCACCAAUCGCGCGACACAGUCAUCACGGGAGGGUCGAACGGUAGCCAAAGUGAACCGUACUCAAACGAACAGGGUAGCGAGAACAGCUCCAUCGAGCAGAGAGGCGGACCCGUUGGCCCACCACCUGGUGUUCGACCGGACCUUGGAGAGCAAUAUGGGUUCAAUGGCUUUGGCGGAGGCGGUCCCCAACCCAUCCUCGAGGAGUAUGGAAACGUUCCGUCAGGCCAAGGUUAUUUCCCACCACAGCAAUCACAACAACAGAACUUCGCGCCGCCUGUACCUGCAAAGACGGGACAACCCCAAGUUGCACCGAUUCAGUUGAGCCAAAGCAACUCGAAUGGACAGGCGAUGCCUGCGAACGGUCCGAGGCCGAAUGUUUUGUCUCGCAAGGGCACGUCGCAGUCCGGCGAGAAGAGACAGAGUUGGUUUAAGAGGCGGUUCAGCAAGAACUAA